CAUCUUAAUAGCUGAAUGCAAAGAACGGAACAGGACCUGUGAAGUCGCUUCUCGCUGCUAAAGAAACUCUCAUCAAUCCAUCGCCGUCAUGAAGCUGAGAAUCAGAUCUCUGGACUCCAAGGAAACCCUAAAAAUCGAAGUGCCCGACUCCUGUUCUCUGCAACACUUCAAAGAAAUCAUUUCUCAGAGAAUAUCUUCUUCUUCGUCGUCGGCUUCUUCCAUGCAUCUUUCCCUCAACAGAAAGGAUGAGAUUCAGGCUUCUUCGGAUGCCGCUCUCCAAUCUUUGGGCAUCACAUCAGGUGAUCUUAUCUUCUACACUGUCGAUCCUCAUGUCUUCUCUUCACAAACCCUAACUUUCCCAUCUCAAACACCCUUGGCAUCGGAAAUUCACACCCCAGAAAACGUCCCAAUUCAUGAUUCUCCUCCCGUACAAGAACAAUUGAGAAAUUCUAUUGUUUGUGAAACUCCGCGUCAAAAUCAGGCUAGUGUUAUUGAUGUUCGUGAGGGAAAACUAAAAGCGUCUGCGAGUUCCGAGCCUGAAUGUUUGCAAUCCGAGAUGAGCGGGGAUAAUGUUAAGGAAGAUGAAACCCUAGGUUUGGAUAGUAUACAGAAAGAGAAAACGCCAAAUUUGAGGACUCAGAAAGGUGAGACCUUAGAUUUUGCUGCUACGGAGGAUACCGAUGUUGAUUAUGGGCAUUAUGUUGUCGGAAAGAGAUUCACCUUGCCUUUGUUUCUGAGGAAGGUCUUGAGAGAGGAGGCCGGUGGUGAUGGGUAUGAUCACAAACUUUUGAUUAUUGCUGUUCAUGCUGUCCUGUUGGAGUCUGGUUUUGUUGAGUUUGAUUCCACGUCGGGAAUGAAGAUUGAUAGGUUUCAUCUUCUCAACCAGUGGCCAUCGGCUGACUUCUCUAUGUCGAUAUUGUAUACUUUGCCUGAUCUAAUAGCUCCUGGUUCUGGUGUAGUUGAAACUGUGGUUUUAAAGUUUCAGAGUUUGGGGAAAUUUGUUAAUAUUUAUGGUUCUUUGGCUAGGAAUGGGUCUGGGCUGUAUCGGGUGUGCUUGGAUAAACACCGAUUCUUGUCAUCCAUAAGUUUUGUGUGGAGGUAUCGAAAUUCAACUGAUGGAAUGAAUGACAUAGAGGGUUCUUCUAGUAUGUUCUCUGUAAGCGAAGUGUUUGAAUUUUGGAAGAUUGUGAAGGAUGGGCUUGCAUUGCCACUCAUGAUAGAUCUCUGUGAGAGGACUGGUUUGGAUCCUCCACCAUGCCUAAUGCGCCUCCCGACAGAACUUAAGCUUAAGAUUUUGGAGUCACUACCGGGUAUUGAUAUUGCGAAGAUGGCGUGUGCUUGUUCGGAAUUCCAGUAUUUAUCUUUGAAUAAUGAGUUAUGGAAACAAAAGUUUGCAGAGGAGUUUGGAGAUGGUGCAGGUCCUGCAGGAGAGCAGGGAGGGAACCAAUGGAAAGAGAUGUUUGGCUUGUCAUGGGAGAAUAGGAAGAAGAGAAAGAGGGCCAGUGUCAUGGUGAGACGCUUACAAUUUGUUGACAGGCCUGGACCUUUUUUCUUGAGAAGAGGCCCAGAGCCAUUUAUUAUAGGUGGAGAAUAUGACCGCCUGCCAGUUCUUGGCAUCCCUUCUCCUUUUGGGCAAACUGGUGGGGCAUUUCGUCAAUUGUCAGCAAGACGGAAUUUCGCACCUCAUUGUAAUCUGGGAGGAUUUGAUGCUUAGUCAGGCAACUCGAGGUUGCACCUGGAUCUUGUUUGAGUACAGGAAGUUAAUCCCUUGAGGUUCUUGAAGUGGAUGUUUUAAGUCUGUGUUUAUGGAUUGUAAAUAUUCUGCUAGAUCUGUUAUUUGACUAUAUGAGGUGCUUCUUUUUUGGAUAUUAUCAUGUUAUGGAAUAAAAUUCACAUGGUUUAUCUCUGUCA